CAUUUUCACCAUUUUAGUGAGCCGUAAGAACGUGACAGCUCGGAAAUGAAGCUAUUUUGCGUUGUUUUGGUUAUUUACGUUGUGGCUCUGACCCUCUUCGGUGUCGACGGACGUGGCGGGGGCACCACAAACGGAGCAGAGGAACCGAAUAUUGUCCGGAUGUUGAACCGGGCUCGUCGUGAUGUCUUUGAGGAAAACCUGCUAGCCAAUGAGCCUCCGCCACCACCACAACAAUUCCGCCAACGUCGUCAGGCUCCACCUGGAAUGCCGCCACCACCGGACGGUCUUCCAGCACCACCUCAGUUCAUUGUUCUCUAAAGGUAUCUGAAUGUAUAGCAUAAAGUUGGGCGUUUGUGCAUGUAAAAGGGAACCACAUCGAAGCUAAUAAAACUAGUUUGAAGCAUUCCAAAAAUUA